AUGGUGAAGAAGGAGAGUUGCCUCUUUGACAACUCUCAAGUUUCCUCUUCAAACACACAUAUACAAUCUAAUCCUCUCUUCUUCUUCUUCUACUUAUACUUCUUAGUCACGAUGAGAAUCUUGAAGAGUCAAAGAUCCAGAGGAGGGGGAGGAAGAAGCAAGAAACACGUAAACAGAAGACCUAACGUUACAUCACGUAGCGGAGAAAUGUUCACGGAGAAGCUUCAGGCGCUCAAGAGUCUCCUUCCUCAUCCUCCACCGUCAAAGACCACGACUGAGAAGAGCUUUCAAGAUGCUGACGUGAAGAAAGAUUCAGGCAGUGUAGUAGAGACAGAACAGCUGUUUCAAGAAACUGCUGAUUACAUUGUCAAGCUUAGGACACAAGUCGUAGUGUUGCAAAAGCUUAUCGAGAUCUAUGGAUCGUCAUCAUCAUCUGAUCAUCUAACCGAAGAUGGUUUUGUUUUAUAAUGUUCAUAUUUUCCAAUUAUGAUUUUGUUUCUUUUUUCAUUUCUAGCUAUGAUCCAGUUUUUUAUUUUUAUUUUCUUUUUGGUUAUUACGUGUUUUGAACUUAUAUGGUUUUAGGUAGUCGAUGAUGUAUAAUGUUUGAUAUUUGACGAAAGAAGAAAUGAAAUUAAGUCA